CCAGGUUCCUGGAAGGGAUGAGAAUCGGACCCGUGCCGGAACGGCUCCCAGGGGCUCCCAGGGGCCAGGGUGCCCCUCCCUCUUUCCAAGACGUUCCUUCCCAUGGCGUCGCCCUUCCUGCGCUGCUGCUCCACCUCUUGAUCGAUGGCCCGCUUCGGUCGAGCCUUGCAGAAGGCGGUGAACACCGGACGUGAAAGCUCGGAGGCGGAGUUGGAACAGGACCUGCAACACCUGCGUCCUCGAACGUCAGCACGAUGCUUCCAGCAGACCUUGGACUUCUACCGCGAGCGGGUCAGGUUGGCAGCAGAGCACAGGAGGCCCCGGAAGCUGGGCGAGGACGGGUGCCCAGCAGAAGCCGCCGCGAUGCCCGUGCAGAUGAGCUUGCAAAGUGCUCGUCAGGCCGCUGUGGCUUUCCUCAUUCUGGCGAACGAUUACUUGGCCCAGGUGCGACGGCUCAUCGCGCGGAUCUUGCACCCCACGGAGGGCCUGGUGCUGUGCCAUCUGGACGCCAAGGUGGCGCGCGUCGAGGAUCUGGAGCACUUCCGCCGCUGGGCCCGAGGGUUCCAUCAAGGAGCUGAGCGCGUGCAGAUCUUCAGCUCCUUCUCAGUGCAUCGUGGAGGCCGUUCCAUGCUGGACGUUCAGCUGAAAGCGCUUCAGCUGCUCUUGGCCAGCCCAAUUGCUUGGGACUACUAUGUGAAUCUCAGUGAUACGCACUACCCAGCCGAAGCGAUGUCAUGGGUGGGUUCUUAUCUUUGGCUCCACCGCGGGGUGAACUACGCUCGAAUCACCUCCACCAAGUUCUACGACCCCACGCUGCAGGGCGGAAAGGAGGCCACCUAUGCUGGGCCCCGUCGGGAGGAUCUCUUCAUCUCGUGUGACCGGUCCUUGGCCUUUGAAUGCGAGGGCCAGCUGAUGUCACUGACGCCAGGAGUGAAAUAUCCACCCUUGUGGUCUGGGGUGAAAGCUGCCUCUGGACCCGAGUGGUUGGUGUUGACGCGCGACUUCGUGGAAUAUGUGUUGGAAGGCUUAAACACUGGCCCUGCCGGCCGCACCACGAACCUGGUGCGAGCGAUCUAUGAGGAUUUGGCAUCCUUGAGCAUCCCAGAGGAGACCUUCUUUCAAACCCUGCUGCUCACUUCACCCUUCUGCCACCGGCUCCUACGACAUGAGUUCUUGUACUUGGACCUCUACAACGCGCCCUGGCGACAAUCGCAGCACAGCGACUUUCCCUUCCAAAGCCCCAGGCCGUUGAAUGGCAGCCACUUGCGGGAGAUUGCGACCGAGGAGCCGUGGUUCGUGCGCAAGUUGACCUCUACGCCGCCGGGGCGUGCCUUGCGCAGCGCGUUGGAGGCCUUCGUGGCGCGCCGGGAGCGGUCGAGGUGGGUGCCCACCCAGACGCUUCACCGUGGCUUGCUGGCUGCGCUGCGGCAAGACCUGGGGCCUCUGAAGGAAGCCACUGCCUGGCACCAGCCGGCCUUGCCUCCGCCUCCGCGCUCGCCCAUGCGCCUGCCGCGCCCGCGCCGGCUGCGGCUGCGCGUGGCCCGCGGCGCCGUGGCGGGGACGUUGGACGUGACGGAGCGACUGGCGGUGGCCACGGGGAAGACGAGGCCCACGGCGGCCCUGCCGCCAGUGGUGGCCAUCCGCUUGGGCUGCAGCUGGGCUGAGGAGCUCUGGGAUUAUGAGGGCGAAGUGUCCAUCGUGCCUGACUCAUGUGAGGCACGGAAGGAUGGCUGGGCUGAAGGAAGGGAAGGAUGGCCCGGCUUUCACAUCACAUUCAAACAGAUUUUGGAAGAUGGGUGGACAAAGACUUGUAAACACCUAGAUGAGUAUCAAAGAAGAAUCAGCGAGCAGCACUGGGCUCUAGACGACCGUGAUUGGUGGCGAUUGGCUGACCUACCUUUCUUUCGCAGGUUUGGUUGGGUUUUGGUCAAUGGCAACACCCUACUGGACCACAACAGGCCCUGA